CCUCUGCCUGUAAUUGCGGCUAUGCGUACGGCACAACGGAUUAGGAGAGCGUCGUGACGACAUCUUCUACGUACCGCUCUCACCAAAGACCGACAGCUCAGCAAUAACAGCCCUCACCGUCGUUUCUUCAAGCUUCACCCAAUAUAGCGCUCAACUCAAUGGGAUCCUGCGCAAAACACAGAGGAGACGGCAUCGUUCACCAUCGCUCUAUUACCGAAUCUGAUAACUGCAACUGAGCGCUACUCCGCAUUCGGACUACAUAUAUACAGAACUGAACACAUUUCCUGAGCUUCCUUCUGUAGUAAGGGGAUGGGGGUAUGACCGACCCCGGACUCCCAACUCUGUUCUAUCAGUUGUAGGAGCGCUUUGCAGCAUGCUAUCGCCGAGAAGAGGGGUCGAUCACAGGCCCGCCGCUACGAUUCUAACCCAGGUUGCUGUCAUUGCAAUCUUCGUUUCUAUGAGCGCUUGCAUGCCAGGGUCUUCUUCUGUAUGCCCACGUAGCCUGGACUGUGCCCGAGCAAGGAGGCAUUUCUGCCAGCCGGGCAGCUCACACUGUGGCCCCUGCCUCACCCCGCUGGUAGAGAACUCACAUGGCAGAUGCAUAGUGAAGAGGAGGCCCAGUCACGCCCCUCAUUUUGGCAAAGUGACCACUUUCCCUGAAGUGGAUGAGGAGAUAGACUUCCUGUCCACCAUCAUCAGCCAACAGGAGACUGAAUCAGGUUUCAGGCAUCCAGCUUCUUCCUUUCAGGAUGUUCCUAAAGUCAAGGAGGAGGAGGAUGACAGAUCAAUGAUCCUCACCCAACGGCCUACCACAGAGCAGCCUACUACACACGGCGCCACUACAGCCCCUCCACCCACCUCUAUCACUACAGCCAACACCACCACUACCAGCCACUCCACAGCAGUACGCAGCGGUCCCCUGAUCAUCCCUUACCCCUCCAACAGCCGAGUGUUUAUCAUCAUGACCAGUGUGUUUUUGGUUGUGGGGUCUGUUGCCUUGCUCUUGGCUGCUGUCUGUUGGAUCAGGUUGCAGAGAGGUGUGCGGCUGGCUCAGAAGGUCGACUACCCAGCUUAUGGGGGGAUGGGGCCCCAUUCCUAUGACAAUGAUGUGCUUGGGGAUAGGAGGCUGGCUCAGAGUGCCCAGAUGUACCACUACCAACACCAGAAACAGCAGAUGCUCUGCCUGGAGAAACACAGGGAUGAACCCAAGGUGCCGGACUCCGGGGCCACGUCAGAUGAGGAGAAUGAGGAUGGGGAUUUCACGGUAUACGAGUGCCCUGGACUGGCCCCGACUGGAGAGAUGGAGGUGAAGAAUCCUUUGUUUGAUGACUCUACCCUUUACCUUCAGAGGAGCCACAAGUAACCCUGACAACUCUGGACAUUCUGAUAUGCACCUUUAAAACAUACCACCCUACAUGUACAGGAAGAUCAAAUCAUACUCACUCCCUUGCACACCUACAAACACACAUCAGGUUUCUCUGUCUGACCUUUUGACCUGUCCCACAUGAUACACUACUUACACUGAAGGGCUGGUGACGAGGAGGAGGAGGACUGUAUGAACAUUAUAUCUGAAUGACCGACUGACGUGAAUCUCCUCUUGAAACAGACUGAUAUCUGGGACCAAUGACGUCUCACACACUCAGAAAACCUACAUGAUCUUUAAGCUUUCCGUCUGGCCUAUCAUAACCAUGCCUUGUUUUGUUGUAUGUUAACUCUGUUAUCUCUUGUGGAUUUGAUUCUGUAAUAUCCUCUGUUUUUUCUGUCAAACAUGUGCACAACUGACUGGGAGAUUAGCGUGUAUGAUGAUGGAUACUAUUCUCCAUGUUCUGCAAGAUUCUAUACCUGAACUUUUCCAACAAGAAAUGAACACGAAAAUUGUUUUUCGUGUUCUGUUGAAAAAUGUUCUACUGUGUGCACUAAUGAAUACUACCCUGCUUCAUACGACAGAUACCGACAGAAAGGUUCAGGAAGAGAGCAGAGAAGAACUACAUUGAAAAAAUAAAUAUGUUAUGGGUCUGUGGGUGUAUGAUUUAUUACAUUACACAAUCUGUGGAGACUAACUUUGAUACUGGCAUCAUACUUUUGAAUGUUACCCAGACCAUGACUUACAGUGAACUAUACAGGACAAUGUCCAAACCACAAACCUUUAGUAAUAGUGAACAGGAAGAUUGUGUUGGAGGCACACACUUUGUGCAGAAUGUGAAAUUGAAUAACCAAUCCAGAUACAAGUUUCCUAAAUCAUAGACUGCAGUAUGACCCAGACUCCUGGACUAAAAAGCAUUGAUAAUCUCAGUUGAAAAUUCAGUUGAGGAAUAGGCUUAAUCUGGGUCUGGGAACUGGUCCUAUAAAUCAUUCUGGAACUGCAGAUGUUAGGCCAUAUGCCUUUGAAACAGAGCUGGAGCAUAGUGGGAAUAUGCCAAUUUAUCAAGCUGUCAAUAGUAAUCAUUGGCAGACUAAAUAUCUGUGUCCCAAAUAACACCCUAUUCUCUACAUGUUGCCCUACAUUUGCCAGCGCAUUAUCGACCCCGGUCAGAAGUAGUGCACUACAGUAUGUGGAGUAUAUGGUGCCAUUAAUGACGCAUUCCGAAGAUCUGGAUCAACUCAUCUUUGACUUUCUUCAUUACCAAAAAGUUUUUUAUCUUUUUUUCUUACAUACAAAGGUGAUUUUAAUGUUUCAUAAAUGUACACAUGCAGUAUGUAUGGUAAACCUUUACGCUUUGUUAUGUAGCCAUUAUAGUCUCAGUAUCAAUGGUCCCUCUAUGCAUGACUUGAUGAUGCUGUGCUCUGCUGAAAAAGGGAUACAAUUCAAUAUGCAUUUAUGAUCCUUACAAGUUUCUUGUGUAAACUUGCUUAUGAUGAUAUUUAAAUAACUUGAAUGAUUUCAAAGGAAUUUGGAACUUCUUUACAGAACUCUGAAACAGAGCAACCCCACUAUGUACAUACAUAUACACAGUGCUUGACUUGGGCAGGAGCUUGCCGGAGUACCGGCACCUCAACUGCUUGAGCUCCU